AUGGUGUCAUUGGAAGAAGAAAUGGUGUUGAGUGAUGACCUUGCAUCCAUUGGUGAUGGCAUUAGUGCAUCAAGUGUUGAUUCUGGUGGAGUGCACAAUCAAGUAUAUAAUAUACAAAUGCUUGAGGCAGCAUAUUUCAAAGUUCCACUACCUCAAGACUCAGAACGUCCAAGAAAAUAUACUCCUAGGCAUGAAGCAAUUACACCUCCUAGCUAUCCACAAGUGCAAGGGCCCAUGGUUAACAACCCUGCCUUUUGGCAGAGAUUAGGUCUUGAAGAAUAUGGCACUGACAUACUGUUCUUCGCAUUUUAUUAUCAACAGAACACAUACCAACAAUAUUUGGCGGCAAAGGAGUUAAAGAAGCAGUCUUGGAGAUACCACCGAAAGUACAGUACAUGGUUUCAGCGGUAUGAAGAGCCUAAAGUUGCUACAGAUGAAUUUGAGCAAGGAACUUAUGUCUACUUUGAUUUUCAUAUUGAAAAUGAUGACCUGCAACAAGGAUGGUGUCAAAGAAUCAAGAAUGAAUUCACUUUUGAGUAUAAUUAUCUUGAAGAUGAGCUUCUUGUAUAG